GAAACGCGGCUUAACUUAGUGCAGAUUUUUCCGCUGAUUCGGCUGCAAAAGAUGCACUUUUGAGGCGCAGCGAGUGCACCCACGCCCCCGAGUUCGAGUGCAGUUGCAGUCGGGAAAGUUUAAAAAGUGCGCGGAGCAAGGAGAGCGACGAGUUCGUUGAGCUACAGCGAAACGGAAAAGUGGCAAAAGCGGGGGAAACAGGCGCAGUGGAGCGAAUGAUAAACGGAAAUCGGGAUCGAAAAAUUGGAAACAAAACCAACCACCGAUUAUAAAAAAGGCAGCAUCUUAAAAACGGGGAUAAUGGAGUCACAGAAGAGGCCGUCGUUGGAUUUACACACGGAUAUGCCAGCAGGAUCAGCAGCUGGAGGAUCUGGGCUGGGAGCUGCAGCUGAGAUGUCGCCUACUUCCGGUUUCCUGCCGGACAUGCCGCAGUGGAAGAAGGACCUCAUCCAGCGCCGUAAAACGAACGUGGCCCGCACCCAAGCGGCGUCCAUCACCUCGCCCACCGAUGGCAGUUGUGGGGCUUUGGCAGAAGCCACUGCCGCUCCAGGUGCAAUUGCAGAUUCCAUGGAACCGGCGACAAUCAGUAGCACUAGUCAAAAGAGAAACAUGAUCGGUUCAGAGGAAAAGUCUGAGAAAUCUUCUAUUUCCAAUACCAAUUCCGACUCCACUGGAGGUCAUCACUCUGUUGUUGCCGUCUCCCUUUCGCCCGAAGCGGCAGCAACAACAAAUGUAACAGUAACACCAAUACCAAAGCAGCGAUCGAGUUUACUCAACACAAGAAGUCAGGAGAGGGAGAUGGUGCGAUAUAUUCUAAGCGAGAGUGGAGAGCGCGAUGGAGAGCCAGAGAGUAGCGAACAGCCGGCUGGUGUGGUGAGUAGCAGCCGGUGCGGUGAAGUUGAAACUGGCACAAUUGGAUCGCCGUCGUCGUCAGCAAAUCAAAAUCCAAACCCAAAUCAUUUAAAAACGAAAUGCAAACCGGGACAGAGCGUUGCUGAGGGCAAGCCUUCAGCGAAAGAGACCAUCGUCGAUAACAAGAGCUGCAGCAAAACCAAGAAUAUUUCCGAUAAAUUGCAGAGCAACAAGUUUAUAAUUCAACAGCAGCAGCAGCAACAACAACAACAGCAGCAGCAUCAGCAACAACAGCAACUGUCGCCCACAAAGGUAACGGUAAAACCGACAAUGGUCGCCAUGCAAGAGAUGAAGAAGACAACCAAACAAAAUGGCCAGCACCGACAUCUAGCGGGCAAAAUUGGCAGCGUAGCAGGAGGCGAUGUGGAUCCACAACAUCCACCGACGAAUCCCAUACCAGAUUCCUUGGACACCGGUGAGGAUCUAAGCUACGGACCCGGAAUUGUGUCCAAGCUGCGAUGCCGCUACUUGAGCCUGGCCCUCCGCGAGUCCCGCCAGCAGAGCAGCAAGCAACGCCUCCAACGCUCCACCAGUCUGAACACCCUGCUCGACCGCGACGAUGAUGAGGUAGAUGUGGAGGAGCCCGAGGUGGCCACCAGCCAGGUGCGUGCCAAAUCCACACCGCCACCGAUAUUGGGGGCAAAACCGACACCGAAACCCAGCAGCCAGCAGCAGCGUCCCGUCAGUCUGGGCGCCAAUGGCGCUGGAUCAGCUGUUAACCCGCCCUCGAACUUGGAUCAUGCCCAACCGGGUGUCGUUGCCAAUGGAGGCGCAGGAUCAGGCCAACGAUCGCGUCACUUUAAGCGCGGCAACGAGGUGAUGAAGCGGGCACGUUCCGUGGAGGCUCUGCUCUGCGAGAAAUCGCCAUGGAACAGCCAGAGAAUCAGCACUGCCGGCGCAGCAGCAGCAGCAGCGCCUUCACCACCUGCUCCCAAGGCCACAGCCGCUGCUCCCUCACCUGUUACCUCGCCCACCUGCGUCACCAUCGAGGAUAAGAUCCACAAUGCCCGCGAACGGCUGCACAGCGGCACGGACACGGCGCCACCCAAGCGCCUGACCUCCAUCAUCGAUGACACCGAGCGGCCGCCACCGGAUCUGGUCAAGCAGACGCUCAAGAUGUUUGAGGCGAGUGCCAAUCGGCGUCCGCGCGCCGCCCAUCGUUCCAAUGGCGUGGGCGGAGUGGCCAGCAAGGUGGCCAACUACAAAUCGAUCAUUAAGGAUCAGAAGCAACCAUCAUCAGCAGCGGCGACGCCUCCACCGCCCGGCAUGGGUUUUGCCUCCUCCACGCCGCUAAGGCAUGUCCAUCCGGAUAUUAUACCCCGUCAGGUGGAUUCGCCCGUAUCGGCGUUAAGUGUAAUGAUGCGUCGCAUGGAGCUGCAGGAGCCCGAGACGCCGGAAAGGGAAACACGGGACGCGGCGGCCACACCGCAGAGCGAGGCGCCAAGUGAGACUGAGCGAAAUGAUCGCGAUGAAGGCGAUGGCGAAGUCGAUGACGACAACCACAACAACAACGACGACGAUCACGACGACGGCGACGACAGCAGCGACAACAAUGAGCAACGCGAUAAAAUGGGCGCGGCGUCGGCCGUGGCAGGCGAUAAGCCUAAGUCCCCAGCGGAAUCGGCAGCGGGAGGCGCCCAACGAUCAUUCGCUCCCUCGACGGAGAACGCGCAUGUAGCCAGCGGGAGUAGCAGUACCAGUACCAGUGCCAGUGCCAGUGCCAGUGUACGCAAGCUCAGCAGCAACAACAACGACUCCAGCGGACCAGCGGUGACCAAACAGAUCGGAGUUAUCCGCCCCCUAUUCAAUAGCCAGGGAGCUGGGAGCACGCCGCUAACGAGUCGCGAGAUCGAAAAGAAUCGCAUCAAUGAGAUGAAGAAGUCGACGGCCACAGAAGCCGGUGGUGCGGUAUCCGGUUCCGGAUCCGGAUCAGGUGCUGGCGCUGGAUCAGGAACCUCGCCCACCACUAGUCUCGACAGCGUGAUAAACACCAAGGAAGCGGCCAGCAACGAAACGGAGGCGAGUGCCUCGCCACUGUGGACACUGCGCAAGCUGAGGAAUCAGAGCCAGGCGGCCGGUGGAGGAUCGGGUCCCAGUUCCAGCCUUCAUUCCACAGAGAACACCUCGAUGGUGUUCAACUUUUCCAAGAGCACCAAGGAAGUGCCCGACUACAUCGAAAGCGACGUUGUGAUUUUCAGGCGCAAGCGGGAGCUGCCAAAGCCAAACGAACCUGGCUUCGUGCUGCUGGGCGAUCUCUCCGUGGAGACGUCAACGGACACGGACUACGACGACUACUCCAUGUGCCCGCCAUCGCCAUGCGAUGUGGAGUUCGAGAAUGCCAACAUUGUGAUCGACGGCAAGUCCAGCAUACGCCAAAAACCCAAAGAGUCUUCGUUCCGCGUGCAGUUCAACGACACGCUGACGUCGACGUUUGAAUACCCCUCCGAGGCAUCGAUGACCAUCGAGGAUCCGCCGUACGCCGAUCCAUUUGGCCAUGUGAGCAAACACCACCAGAUGCUGCUCGCCGAGCAGAUGCACCUGUUGCAGCACCAGGAGCAGCUGGAGCUGGAGCAGAUGCACCAGAUGGGGCUGGUGCCGGAGCAGCACCAUCAUGUGACCGUCGACGAGAUCAUCGAGCUGCCCACAUCGACGGCGGGACAUGGACAUGGCAUCGGACUUGGACAUAGGGCGGGGGCGGCGGGGGGCGGCACGAUGCUGGGGAAUUUACCGUUGGGCUCCACGGCCCUGGGCUUCUACACGCCCAUGAAGGGCACGCCGAUGGACAACCUCUUCCAGCUGGGUGUCACCCGGUACGCCCUGCCCGAGAGCAGCAGCAGCGGGAGCAGCAAUGGCAGCCACAGCCCAGGCAGCAACGGGAGCAGUCCAGCCGGAGCUGCGGGCAGCCGGUUAAUGUUCAACGGGAAUGGCAGCAUUAUGGGCAUCGGCGAGGGACGGAUCAAGGAGGACGACUUGGCGGCGGCGACGGAAGCAGGACCUGGAGCUGGAGCAGGUGCCUCCAAGAAGGGCUCAGCUGUGGACGAGGAUGAUUACCAUCUGACGGCGACGCCGGGCGCCGAAGUUGUGUACAGCGAGGGUACACAGAAGACGGAUUUGCUAUAUUAAGUCGUGCUGCCAGCCAAAAAACCGGAGCGUGUUGCUCAUUUUCUACCGGUUUCCUCCAAACUGCAAACUCCAAACCUUCCAAACAUAAUACCCUACCCCAAACCCCCCACCAUUCCCCUAAUUGAAAAGCGUGCGCUUAGGUGAAAUAUCAAUUUCGGUUAGACACAAAAACAGUAAUGAAAUAACAACAAGGCAACGUAAACCAAGUAUGGCAAGAAAUCCAUCAAGAUACGUAUAUAAAUAGAUAUUAUUUGUAAGUUUGUAGGCCUAGAGAUCCGAUGUGUAUGUGUACAACAGCAAGCGUGUGUGUCUGUCUUCUUUAUAUAUAUAUAUAUGGUUUUUUUUUUCGAUAAAUUAAUAAUUAUAUUAUUGUAAUGUAUCUACAUACGGCACUGAAUGAACAACUUUGCUGCUGCAAUUGUAUUUGUAUUGUGUAUUCCAUUUACGGCAUUUUGAUAGUAAAUAUACAACAACAACAAA